CGUUUCAAUUCGAUGCGAUUCAAUUUAACAUUCGAUUCGAUUCAGUAUAUUUCAGUUCCGCAUGAUCUAUUCGGCGCGAUUUAAUUUCCAAUGAUACAGUACCAUACGUUUAAAUUCAACGCGAUUCAAUUUUGUAAACAUAUGUAAUUGUAUUACUUAUUAUUUCUUUUAAUUUAUUGCAAAUACAUUCUUUCGGUGCACUUCUAACCUGCCUAUGUCGGUGUUUGGAUUUUUAAAGUCCACGUGUACUAUUUUUGUAUAUAUAGUUGUCAAACAUUUAAUAUAAUGUCUAAGCCAGAUUUCGAAAGUUUUCAAAAAAGAGCGGAUUUAGCGGAAGAAGAAAUAGAUUUUCUAAAAAAAGAAAUCGAAUGUUUACGACAAAAUAUUACAACUAAUAACUCUAAAAUACCCGUUGUACCUAAAGAUGAAUACAUAAAAUUGGAACAAGAGAAUAUAAAAUUAAAACAUAGGAUAGCCAUCCUGAAAAGGACUAUUGAAGCUGAAAGAGCAAAAGCACAGCAUAACAUGAAGAUGACGACAGAAAAUAUUGUAGUCAGUAUAUGUGACACUUUAUUUGAUUUGUUUAAAAAUGCAAUUACUGCUGCAUAUCCAGAUGUUUGUGAUCCUCCAGUAAUAAUAACAUCCAGUAAUAAUCCAAAAUUUGGAGACUAUCAAUGUAAUAGUGCUAUGCCUCUUAGCAAACAACUUAAUAGUAACGGGAAUAAAACAAAUCCUCGAAAUGUUGCAAAUAAUAUCUUAUCAAAAGUACAGGAAUCACCUUUAAUUUCUAAAUUAGAAGUUGCUGGUGCGGGUUUUAUAAAUAUAUAUUUAAAAAAAGAAUUUGCACAGACAACAUUAAGUAACUUAGUAAAAAGUGGGAAAGCAUUUCCACCACAUGUAAAGAAACAGAGGGUUCUUGUAGACUUUUCUAGUCCCAAUAUUGCUAAAGAAAUGCAUGUUGGACACCUGAGAUCUACUAUAAUUGGUGACAGUAUUGCAACACUAUUAGAGUUUUUAGGGCAUGAUGUGUUAAGAAUAAAUCAUGUUGGUGACUGGGGCACUCAAUUUGGAAUGUUAAUAGCUCACCUUCAAGACAGAUUUCCUGACUACUUAAUAGUAUCUCCACCUAUUACUGAUCUUCAAAGCUUUUAUAAAGAAUCAAAAAUAAGAUUUGAUACAGAUGAAGACUUUAAAAAACGUGCUUACAGCUGUGUUGUUAAACUACAGGCAUUCGAUCCUGAUAUGAUAAAAGCUUGGGAAUUGAUCUGUGAUGUUUCUAGGAAAGAAUUUCAAAAGGUGUAUAAUCGUUUGGGCAUACGUUUGAUAGAGAGAGGAGAAUCUUUCUAUCAGAAACGUAUGGAAAGUAUAGUUAAAGAGUUAGAGUUAAACGGUCUGUUAGAAGAUGAUGAGGGACGUAAAGUAAUGUGGGGUAAACAUGAUGGUGAAAUACCUCUGACUAUUAUAAAAUCUGAUGGUGGAUUUACAUAUGAUACAUCGGAUAUGGCAGCUAUUAAACAACGUCUAGAAGAAGAAAAAGCUGACUGGGUAAUAUAUGUAACAGAUGCUGGACAGGCUACACAUUUUAAGAUCUUAAAAAGCUGUGCCGAACGAGCAGGCAUUGUAAAAAGUUGUCACAGAAUAGACCACGUUGGAUUCGGCGUGGUUCUAGGUAGUGAUAAAAAGAAAUUUAAAACUAGAUCUGGUGAUACAGUAAAAUUAACGGAUCUGUUAGAUGAAGGUUUAAAGAGAGCACUUGAAAAAUUAAUAGAAAAAGGACGUGACAAAGUACUCACUGAAGAAGAAUUAAAAGCUGCUCAGGAAUCCAUUGCUUAUGGAUGUAUAAAGUAUGCAGACUUGUCGCAUAAUAGAAAUCACGAAUACAUAUUUUCUUUCGACAAAAUGCUUGAAGACAAAGGCAAUACAGCGGUGUAUUUGUUAUACGCUUUAACAAGGAUACGCUCUAUUGCAAGAGCGGCUAACAUCUCGCCAGAAAAAUUACGAGAAAUGGCGGAAAGUACUCCAAUUUCAUUAGAACACGAUAAGGAGUGGAAAUUGGCAAAAGUAUUACUUAAAUUCCCCGAUGUAUUAAUUAAAAUUACAAAAGAUUUGUAUGUACAUCAAUUGUGUGAGUUUGUUUACGAAAUAUCAUGCGCAUUUACGGAAUUUUACGAUAACUGCUAUUGCGUUGAAAAGAACGAACUAGGAGAAAUAACAAAGAUAAAUGUUGGCCGUAUGUUAUUAACAGAAGCUACUGCGAUUAUAAUGGAAACGUGUUUUUCAAUACUCGGUUUAAAACCGGUUGCACGCAUGUAACAAUAUUUAUGUAAACAUAUUAUAUAAAACAAAUAUAAAAUUAUAGAAUAAAA